GCGGCCGCCUAACGUAGCUACACACCUGUGACACCCCCCACAUCUGCUGCUGCGUCCACACACAGCGAGUAACAACAGAAAUGGCAGUUACAGAUCUUAUCAGGAGCCCAUCUUUUCUAAUCAAAGUUGUUGAACUGGUCUUAUCCAUUAUCAUAGCUGGUCUCACAAGUGGUCAGGCAGUUGCUGCAAAUCCUGACAUUUUCGUGCGUUUAGCGGUUGUCGAUGGCACCAUAGUAUGUUACAUCAUACUAGGUGCCCUAAUCAUCAUCGGCUAUGUACUCGAAUGUCCUAUACACACCAAACUGAUCCUAAUUUCUUCAGCGGUUGCAUGUGUAUUAUUUGUGACAACUGGAGGACUUAUUCUGGAUGCGUACACCCGAUCUUAUUUCAAAGUUACUCAAGUAAUCAUUGGAGGAAUACUAGCCCUUGUUAAUGGAGUGGUGUACGCUGCUGAUGCAUUUCUGUCGUGGAAGUUUAGCUAG